AUGGAAGAGCAUUAUGGGCAAGCACUAUAUGCAAGAGCUCUGGAUUAUGUUCGCCAAGUUCAUGAUAAGAAGACUGGAUCUUCCCGCAGCUCAGAAGAUAAUGGGCGUGGCAUAUGCCCUAAAGAGAAGUUGUUCAAAGGCUAUAUCGAACUCGAGACCAAUCUUUGGGAGUUUGACUGCGUUAGGAAGCUCUCAGGUGCUUUGGUUUUCCCAAUACUCACAUUCAUUCAGUUUGACCCCGCCAACUCUUCUGCAUGGAUCAGAUGCGCCAAAAUUGAAUCACAAGUGGAAGACUUUGCCCGUACUUGA